AAAGACGGUAGUACCACAUGGAACAGAAGCCAGUGUUCUUCCUCAUCUCUGUAAACACAGUGAGCGCGCGGAGCAGCCCCAAGGGCCAGCACAAGGCAGACAUGGCCACAAACCCCGGAUUCUUGAGCGAGUGGCCAUGGAAGAGGCUUGGCAGCUUCAAGUACCUGGUGCUGGCGCCGUGGGUAGCGCACGGAUUCCAUCAACUGGCGACCAAGGGGUGGCGCGAGACGGACCUGGGCUACAUCGCCAUCCUGCCGUCGAUGCUGCUCCGGGCGCUCCACAACCAGGCGUGGAUCACCGUGUCCCGGCUCCAGAACGCGCGCGGCAGGAAGCAGAUCGUGGACCGCGGGAUCGAGUUCGAGCAGGUCGACCGGGAGCGCAACUGGGACGACCAGAUCAUCCUCAGCGCCAUCCUCUUCUACCUGGGCGCGCUGCACCUGCCGGGCGGGCAGCACCUGCCGCUGUGGAGGACGGACGGCGCCGUGCUGGUCGCGCUGCUGCACGCGGGGCCCGUGGAGCUCCUCUACUACUGGUUUCACCGCGCGCUGCACCACCACUUCCUCUACACCCGCUACCACUCGCACCACCACGCCUCCAUCGUCACGGAGCCCAUCACCUCUGUCAUCCAUCCAUUUGCUGAGCUCGUGGCCUACGAACUGCUCUUCUCAAUCCCGAUGAUCGCAAGCGCCCUGACUGGAACUGCUUCGAUCGUUGCAUUUGAGAUGUAUAUGCUCUACAUCGACUUCAUGAACAACAUGGGCCACUGCAACUUCGAGUUGGUGCCCACCUGGCUCUUCAGAUGGUUCCCUCCUCUCAAGUAUUUCAUGUACACGCCAUCGUUUCAUUCGCUUCACCACACUCAGUUCCGGACAAACUACUCGCUUUUCAUGCCAUUCUAUGACUACAUAUACAAUACAAUGGACAAGUCAUCCGACAAGCUGCAUGAGAACUCACUCAAGAACAAGGAGGAAGCAGUAGAUGUGGUACACCUUACCCAUCUUACCAGUCUGCAGUCCAUCUACCACAUGAGGCCCGGGUUCGCUGAGUAUGCCUCCAAGCCGUACACCUCCAAGUGGUACAUGCGGAUCAUGUGGCCUCUAUCGUGGCUCUCCAUGGUCCUGACAUGGGUGUAUGGUUCUUGGUUCACUGUUGAGAGGAAUGUGAUGAAGAAACUAAGGAUCCAGUCAUGGGCUAUACCAAGAUACAAUUUCCAUUAUGGACUGAACUGGGAGAAGGAAGCAAUUAAUAGCCUGAUUAUAAAGGCGAUACACGAAGCUGACAAGAAUGGAGCUAAAGUUGUUAGUCUUGGACUCCUGAACCAGGCACAGAGCCUCAAUGGAAGUGGGGAACUCUAUCUGCAAAAGUACCCAAAGUUGGGAGUAAAACUGGUGGAUGGCUCUAGCCUAGCUGCUGCAGUGGUUGCCAAUAGUAUUCCCCAAGGCACAGAUCAAGUUGUUCUUGCAGGAAAUAUUUCGAAGGUGGCCCGUGCUGUGGCCACAGCAUUGUGCAAGAACAAUAUCAAGGUCAUAAUGUCAAAUAAGCAAGAUUAUCAUUUCCUUAAGCCCAAAAUACCAGAAGAUGCAGCUGACAAUCUUAUAUUAUCAAAAACCAGCAUUGCAAAGGUUUGGGUAAUUGGAGAAGGUCUGGAUACUGCUGAACAGUUCAGGGCGCCAAAAGGAACACACUUUAUCCCCUACUCGCCAUUCCCACCAAGAGCUGUACGCAAGGACUGCUGCACCUACUCCACGACUCCGGCAAUGGGUGUACCUAAAACUCUGCAGAAUGUUCAUUCGUGUGAGAAUUGGCUGCCAAGGAGGGUGAUGAGUGCAUGGCGCAUCGCUGGAAUUAUUCAUGCAUUGGAAGGAUGGAACGAGCACGAGUGCGGAGACACAGUACUUGACAUGGACAAAAUAUGGUCUGCUGCAAUUCUGCAUGGGUUCUGCCCUGUUGCACAAGCUUGAUGAUCCUUUUGCAAGUCAAUGGAAUAAGUGUUGCAUGGAUAUAUGACAUGUUCUCGCUGGAGCCAUGAUAAGGAAGAAGAAGCAGGCACAUUUGUUAGCAGAGGAGCGAAGCCUCUGAGCAGUCCUGCCUCUGAGUAGUAUGAUUUCCAUGGAUGCUUUGUUAGCUAUUAUCGCAUUAUUGUCUUCUAUGCUCUUUCAUCGUAAUGAAUUAAUGACUUGGUUCUAAUCGUACCAUUAUCUGUCCUCGCAUCGAUAAUGUGAUGCAACAAAUAAACAAGAAUGGGCGGUUGGGCAUUGUUUCAGUA